CUGAGAGAAGAAGAAGAAGGCAACAGGAGCGUAUUGUCAUAACAAAAUUUAACCUCAACAUUGAAUUCAAAUUUACAACUUAUUUGCAACAUUAUUUUAUAUGAAGGGCUUAACUGAACCGCAAUGAUUCACGAGCUGCUUUUCAACCUGUGGAACAACCCAGGAAAUACCGUUGUAACUGAUGAUAGCGAUUGGAGGCAUUUGUUUGAGCUUCCCCAGUUCCUCCACCCAGGUGAAGAAAGUCUUCUUCAACUGAUCAUGCAGAUCGGCAUGGACUAUCACAGAAUCACCACGUUCACCAAUCAAGUUUUGUAUCCAAACUCCUCUGAGCAAGCUGAAGGCCAUAAUGGAGUGAGCGCGCAAAGUGGAUUCUACUUGAAGGCGUUUUGUAAUGGCGUGCAAGAAGUUCUCGAAGACUACCGCAAAGAAAUCAUUAGCUUGGAAGGACGGUUUCUGGACUACCCGCAGCUGUCCCUCACUUACAUCCUCGGUUCCAUCAACAAGUACAAGGUGCUGUUCAGCGAGCUGAAGUCCAUGAUUUACAGGAUCCGGCUGGAGAAUUUGCAGGGAUGUUUACUGAUGAGCGGCCUCCACAAGUACACCAUAUGCGGCAUUGAUCAAAUCAAGACUGCUGCCGAUCGAGUUAUUAAGUCCGUCAACGUCGUGUUCUAUCAGCAUUUACGCAACUGGAUAAUCUACGGCGACCUGCUCGAUCCGUUCAAUGAGUUCUUUAUCUGCGAUGGCCAAGUGUCGGAUGAGAAUUUUUUGUAUCCGGAGCAGUUGGCCCUAAGCAGCCUUCCAGUGAGUUCGGUAAGUCCUCACUACGACUACCCAGACCAGGGUCUUAUUGUCAGUUUCACUCAGAAAAGAAAAAUUCGCAAUCCACCGCCAGUACGGAAGUUUUACAUCAACUGGGACUUGGUGCCGAGCUUCAUCAGUGAGGACUCGGCUGAGAGCAUUCUGUUUAUGGGGCGAAUCGUGUGGAUCAUCAGGAACCAGCCGAAAAACGACGAAUAUGCCGCCGACUUGCAGACCAAGUUUCGCAAAGACAUUUGGGAGGGAAAGGACCGCGAGUACUGCUACAAAAUACAGGCCCUAUGCGAGAAGAGUUUCAACGCCAUCAAUUUUCGCAUGGUUAUUGAGGAGUGCCGCACUAAGCUCACCAAGACUCUAUGGUCCAUAAUGUUGAAAGAGGGCAACUUGGUGCAGCACCUGCACUUAAUCCGGGAGUACUUUGCGUUGGGCCGCGGCGAACUGUUCCAGCAAUUCUUGGCGGUUGCGGAUGCCAACUUGAAGGACAUCGAGCAGGAUUCACUGAUGGCUCACCUCAAUACACUGUUUCAUGACACGGCGCGCAAAAUCUACGGCGAGAACGAUAAGAACUACUUGAGAUUCGAGCUGAGCUCUUCCGCCACUGAACUUUUGAAAACAAGACUCUGGCAUAGCCUGCAGUUGAAUUUCCAGAUCGAGUGGCCGCUGCACAUCUUCUUUCAUCCCGAGGUGAUGAUCUUUUACAACCGCUUUUUCUGCUUUCUGCUGCGACUGAAAAAGACUCAAAUCAACCUGUUUAAUCUUUGGUCCAACCACACCUUCAGCAAGCAGAAAAUAAGCAGCGGCGUUUGGGCGCUGCGCCACAAUCUGAUGUUCCUGGUCAACAAUCUGCAGUACUACAUGCAAGUGAACGUUGUGGAAACGCACUUCUCUAUUCUGCUGAAGGCAGUGAAGCGUGCCGGCGAGUUCGAAGACAUCAUCAAAAUUCAUCACGAAUUUGUCACCAAUCUUUUGGUUAAAUCGUUCGUACUGGAGCCAGAAGAAUCUCAAAAUAGCACGAUUAAGCAUAGGCUGUACCAGCUACCGGCACUGCAGCACAACGUCCCCAGCAAGGUGUACAACGUGAUUAUCAAACUGCUUGAGUUGUGCGACGAAUUUUGCGCAACUGCCAGCACUUGGAAUGCGGAGCUGACCGAGCCAGAGCUCCAAGAACUGAGAUCGUUGGAAAAACGGGCGGAGAUCGCAAUAGAGACGCUUCUUUUGGUUCUGUACACCUUGCAUAAAAAGGUCAGUGGUGGUCAUCUCCUGCAGUUGCUUUUCCAUCUGGACUUUAACAGGUAUUUUAGCAAGAAUAAGGCCGACUUGAACUUGAGCGCAGCUUUUAAUAUGUACUGAUCUUCCUUAAUGUACACAAGAAUAAUAAAUUUAACUUAGUUUCAA